GGAUUUUGGAUGACGCUCCGAAUCACGUGUUCAUAGGAAAUACACUCGCUAUAAUUUUUUUGGAGCUGCCUCGUCCUGCACCGCCGACCAUAGUUGUUUCGCCGUCUCCAUACAGUGUAGCUGAGGGGUGGAAAGGUAAUGUAAUGUAAUGUACCUUGCCGUGGUCACUGACGGGUUCACGCUAGUUCACCGGGUUCACUUGAGGAGAGCUCCCACCCCCUGCUCGCCUCCUCUUCUUCUCAAAACGCAACGAUCGGAGCUAAUCCAAAAUUAUUCAUUUAUAUAUUAAUGUCGGAUUCCAUUUUUCCCAGCGACUGUUGAGGUUCCCUGGGAGCUUUUAAACUCGUCCAUGUGACAGGAGUCCUGAAGUGGCAGAGGGCAUGAAGCAACACUGUGAUAUCAUAGUGGCUGGUCCAUGACACUAAACUCCAUUCAACCCUCUCCACUCUCCACCCGCCCUCUGUUCUCAUCAUACUGGACAAGCAAUCACUCACUCUCCCAUCUACACGAAGCUGCACCAUGGCCAGCAAGAGGAAAUCCACUGUACCCUGCAUGAUACCAUCCAAAUCCAAACAUGUGCGUGAGGAAAUCAUACUGGGCUCGUUACCAGAACUCCUACCAACAAUCCCAGAAGACAGCAUACUCAGCAUCUCUGGAGAAGAGUCUGGCCACUUCUCCCACAGCUCCUCCAAAUCCGAAAGUGGCAGCGAGAUGCAGAAAGGAGGUACAUACAGCUGUCCAAAGUGCCGUUUCGAGUCCAGAGAUCUGAACUACUUUUUGGAUCACAUGCACAACUGCCACUUAGACUUCAGGGCCCAGCCCACCUUCUACUGCCUGAACUGUGGGGUAUCUGUCGUCCGCUUCGAGGCUCUGGCUCUGCAUAACGCUAACGCCCACCCUAAGAUAAUGGAGGGCUUGGUCACUGCCUCCCUGACUGUCAACACGAGGGAUGGAGUAACAACAGUGGAGCAAAGCCUCUUCACAGACAGCGGAGAAGACUACAGAGAAUCUGGGAUCUCCCUCACCAAAACACCCAUCGCAAAGAUGAUGAAAGCCAAGGGGGAGCACAAAAAGAUUGUGGUUUCUCACACUGUGGAGGUACGCAAGAUAGACACUGGAAAGGAUGUAGACCCCAGCAUGCUGACAAAUGUGCCUGAAAUCCAAAACGGGGCUCUCAGUGUUUCUGGCGCCCCAGCUAUGCCGAGGACCACUGUCACUCAUGUGAUUAAAACGACAGUGUCCAACCAAGUCUUUCACCAGCACACUCCCUCCCUUUACUCCCCCCCGUCCUCUGGUUCCAAUAAAGACCUUCCAAAGGUGAUGAUCCCUCUCAGCAGCAUCCCCACCUAUGAUGCUGCCAUGGACACCAGCAGCUUUCUCAAGACAUCCUUUGGCAAGUUCCCCUACCCGACCAAAGCCGAACUCUGCUACCUAACGGUGGUCUCGGAGUUCCCCGAAGAGCAGAUCAAACUGUGGUUUACCGCCCAAAGGCUCAAGCAGGGCAUAAGCUGGUCUCCUGAAGAGAUCGAAGAAGCCAGGAGGAAGAUGUUCAACACGGUGUUCCAGGGUGGAGCACCUCAAAAGCAACCCGCUACACCGCAGCACGUUAAUCACAUUGUAACUCACCACACCGUCACUGCCCAUCCAGACUCAAAAGGACCAAACUUUCAGAUGGCCAAAGUUCCCUUCGGCAGUAUGAAACCCAGGCCUGUCGGAGUCAUGGCCACACAGGCAAACAUGUCAACCAACCCCCAUGUUACUAGGGUCUCGUACUCUACUCCAAUUGUCCCAACAAGGUUUCCAUCCGUAGUCAGAACAACACAGGUACUGACCAAGAACACUCAACCCACUGUGGAGCCGGAGAAGAGCAAUGGCCUCGGCCUGGACAUGGCUGGGAGCAGCGGUUGUGUCGGUAGCACCAGCAGCAGUCGAAGCAGCAGUAGCAGCAGUAGUUGCAGUAGUAGCAGCAGCAUCAGCAGUUAUUCCAGCAGUAGUAAUGGUGGUGAGACUGUCACCCGCAAACCGGUGCAUAACAGCAGCCCAACCAACAGCAUCAACAGCAUCGCCACUUGCUCUACCAACAUUAGCAAUAACGAUGAGCACUGUGUUGCUGACACCAAUGGGAAACCAAAUGUCAAAAGCAACAGUUCACUGAUCGGAUUGGAAAGUUCAAACAGUACCAAGAGUCAAGUAAUCAUCGAUAACACCAGCAAAUCCACCUGUAACAAUCAUAACAGCGAUGCCAUCAGUCCACAGGAACAGGCUGCGAAGCCUGACGACGAACGCAACAACUGCAUUGACAAGACCAACAACUGCAGUAUUAGCAAUGAAUUCCCCAGUACCCCCUGUAAUGACAGUGUCCCUAAACUGAACCAUGCCAGCAAAUCCCCAACCGAAAGCACCAGCACUACUGUCAUUACAAAAAACAGCUCAUCUGUUUUAGAUGAGGGUAAAUGCAACAAGGACUUUCCCGUAAAAGGCAUGUCAAUCUUACAGCAGCUCAUCAAGGAGGAGGACCCAUUUGCGGUAGACAGAAGCUGCCCCGAGCUGAAAAUUGACCCCAUCAAGAUCAACUUCAAGAGGCUGAAGAUGAAUGAACCAGAUACUACAUCUGAGAUUGUGCAAGAUAAUAAGUCUGAGCUGGCCGAGGUAUCUGCUUCUCAUCCAUCUUUCCCACCCCCUUGGGCCAACAAGACCCCCCAACAGCUGCACAUCCUCCGACAGGUUUUCUCCAACACCCGCUGGCCCAGCAGUCAGCAGUACGAGGACUUGAGCGUCCAGACUGGCCUUCCCAAGUCGGAGGUGGUGCGCUGGUUCAGUGACAGUCGGUACAGCCACAAGAACGGGCAGCUGAAGUGGCUGGAGACCUAUCAACGACCACCUGCAACUUCAGAGGAGGCAAGGGGCCACAGAGACGCUGAAUCCGAGUCACCAAAGGACUCUCCAGUGGCCAAAAAGAAACUUUUUGAGCAAGACAUGAGCAAGCACCUUGAAGGAGAAGCAGAACUGAACUCAGGUCAGCGGGUUGUAUGGCAGGAUUCAUACUCCCCGCUGCUGGGUUUGAUGGGGUCCGAGGGAGGUGGCGAACGAGGCCAAGCCGAGGAGUCAGCACAGCCAGGAGUCGUGCAGGAUCCCUGGGCGGAGAGAGCGGAGGACCACCAGCAGCCAGUGGCCAGCCAGUCACUCAUUGAACAACAGACUGACGCUAAUCAGGCCAGGGAUCGCCUGAGGAUGGAGCUGCUGGAAGUGUGAUGAAGCAGGCCCUGAUCUCGCCAGAGGAACAUGAUGUUUUAAAGGCUGGCUCGCUCCCCUGGCCGUGGUCUAAAAAAGAGUGUUCAUAAUGACAGCAGAUGUGAUUGUAGCUGGACCGUUGGACUCUGACUGUAACUGUGAAUACCCCCCACCCCUCCUCCUCCUCCUCCUCCUCCUCCUCCGCCUCCUCCUCUUCCAUCUGCCAUCACUUCCUGCCAUCGUCAAAAGAAAGAACUUCUCACCUUUGAGUCCUGUGAUGUUUAAGCCUUUCAUGCUUCUUUGUGGUUGUGUGGGGAGGGUGCACAAUGAGGUCAGUACGAGGGAUCAAAGAAAAGAACGAGAAAAGACGCACACUGACUGGAAAACUGACUUGAAUGAGCGAAGAUAGGAUAGGAUAGGAUAGGAUAGGGCCGAGAGAUAUUGUUUUUGGGUCAGAGGGAGAAAUAUAUAUAUAUGAUUGAAACUGCACUAAAGAGGGUUUGUACUGACUGGACAAACAAAAGACGUGUCAAGGAAAUGUUAUUGUUGGCUUUGUGAUAUUUUUUACUUUUUUAGCAACCAGUACUUCAGCACUGCCUUGAAUUUUACUUUUUCCGUUAUUUGUUUUUUUCAAUUCUAUUUACUCUUCUAUAGUCACUGUAAGUCCAGAUGCAAUCAAACAUGGUUUAUUUAGAUCUGUAUAAAUGUUGGUGAUCACUUUGCAGUUCAGCUACACGCAAGAGACUAUAUACAAUGCACUAAUGAAGACAGCAAUGCUAAAAAUCACACUGCCCCACAGUAAAGGUAUUGACAGCUCCGUCAAGAUCAAUACACUACACUGCCCUGCAAACUGAACAGAGAGAAGCCUGUCACGCUAACGUUGCCUUACUCAGCUCUGUCCAUGUGUUUAUAUGACCUGUCUGUCCAUCACCUUGCUUUCCAGCUACUGUGCUGUCCUGAAAAAAAAAAUUAAGAAAGAAAAAAAACAUGCCAGUGCAUCAAUGGUCACUGUUCGUCUAUAUCUGUGAAAAAAUCUUGUGCUGCUUUCUGUACACUUGGAGAUGUUUAACUUUAAGCUGUAAUUGUAUCAAAUAUUGUUACUGGCAAAAAUGUUGUUUAAAAGCAAAAUUAUCAAUUUGAUCCCUAGACACUGACAGAGUGAGAUAUUGUGCUAGCUAGAGAGCCAAAUGAGGAGAUCUUUGCUCUCCUCUGAAUUUUCUUGUGUUUAUAUAAACAUACAGUCACUACAUGAAUCCUAUUAAGCUGCAUCUUUGUCAAGCUGCUAAUAGCUAAGAACGGUGCUAUACCAUCCAAAGUGAAAUUGGAGGUUGAUCUCCUACCAGCAGUGUAUGCACUUGUGUCGAAUGUUACAAAUUUAUUUUGGUUUGAGAUAAAUGGAAUCUGGACUUACGGUGUUAAUGAUCACUUAAAAAAACUUUUAUGAAAUAGUCUGAUCAUAAAGCACUGUUGUAUCAUCCUUUCUACACUUCUGAAUCUUUACAGAAUAAACUGAAUACUCACCAA